AGGCUUUCUCUGAGGGUCACUCAUCUCACUCCCUCCAACUGAUAAGGAACACAGGAAAGCUCUCAUGUGGGCUUCUUGAAUCCACUCAAUUUAGCCUCCAACUUGUGCUGCAUGUUAAAACAGAACCUCCUUUCCUAGUGGCCCAUUUGAUUGUUUUCCCAACUCCCAAGUAUCUGAAUGACUGUUUUUCCUGCUGAUGUUUGGAUUCUGAGCAAUUGAGCUGAUUUCGGCUUCUGGGUUUUUGGUUUCAGUUUGAGUUUUGGUGAUUUGGGUUUGUGGGUAUUGGUGAGGAUGAUGUCAAUGACAUGCCGUAGUCUUGAUUUUGGAAGAACUGUAUUGGAUUUGGUGGCUUGUGGUUGUUCUUCAAAUGCUUUGUUGGACCGCUCUUCAAUAAGGAGUUACGCAAAGGUAAAUACCAAGGGGAGUAGUAGAGGUUAUGGAGCUCGGCAGGAAGUUUUUGGUGGGAGGGACCGAACUAAGUGUGGAGUUGCAUCAAUGAAAGCAGCUGAGACUCUGCUAAAUGGUGUUCCUGAACGUCUUCCAAGUGUCUUGGAGUUAAAGGAAGAGCCAAGAAGGCCCAUUUCGCUGACGAAUUUGUUUGAAGUGGUUGCUGAUGACCUCUUGACAUUAAAUCAGAAUCUUCAGUCAAUUAUUGGUGCAGAAAACCCAGUCUUAAUGUCCGCAGCUGAGCAGAUUUUUGGUGCUGGUGGGAAGCGGAUGAGACCGGCUUUGGUGUUUCUAGUCUCAAGAGCAACAGCAGAAAUAGUUGGGUUGGAUGAACUUACAAAAGAACAUCGACGAUUGGCAGAGAUUAUUGAAAUGAUCCAUACAGCAAGCUUAAUUCAUGAUGAUGUAUUGGAUGAAAGUGACAUGCGGAGAGGGAAGGAAACUGUUCAUCAAAUGUUUGGUACAAGAGUGGCUGUGCUGGCUGGGGACUUCAUGUUUGCACAGUCAUCAUGGUAUCUUGCAAAUCUUGAAAAUCUUCCGGUCAUUAAGCUCAUUAGCCAGGUUAUCAAAGAUUUUGCUAGUGGUGAAAUAAAGCAGGCAUCUAGCUUGUUUGAUUGUGAUGUCAAACUUGACGAGUACUUGAUCAAGAGCUACUACAAAACAGCCUCUUUAAUCGCUGCCAGUACCAAAGGAGCUGCUAUUUUUAGUGGAGUUGACGAUAGUAUAGCUGAGCAAAUGUAUGAGUACGGCAAGAAUCUUGGCCUGUCAUUCCAAGUUGUCGAUGACAUAUUGGAUUUUACUCAGUCGGCUGAGCAGCUGGGGAAGCCUGCUGGGACUGACUUGGCCAAAGGAAAUCUUACAGCCCCGGUUAUUUUCGCUCUGGAGAAAGAGCCAAAACUUAGAGAUAUAAUUGAAUCAGAAUUCAGUGAAACCGGUUCACUUGAUGAAGCCAUUGAAUUGGUUAAGAGUUCUGGCGGCAUUGAACAAGCGCAAGAAUUAGCCAAAGAAAAAGCUCAUCUUGCAAUCCAAAAUCUCGAGUGCCUCCCUCGGACAGCAUUUCGAUUAGCUCUACAGGACAUGGUGAUGUUUAAUCUUGAACGGAUUGAUUAGUCGACUAGUUUUUAGUGUGGAAAGUCUCUAUAAAACAAGAAUUCCUUUGGCAGAAGGAGAAAAGCUGAAAAUUGAAGCUUGUACCGGUAAAAGCAUUUUCUGUACAUCAACAAGUGCUUCUGCCAAUGCCAGGAUGCUCGCCAGUGCUGUAAACUGGGUAUACAUAUUCAUAUGCUCCAGCUUCAGCUCAUUUUAGUGUCAAUUUGUUCUGUGACAACUUGGCAUGUGAAAUUGAUAUUUAUACUUGUUGUACAAUAAAAUUCUGAGUCAUCACUCAUCAAUAAUAAUGUUCACCAAUAAUAUAGUUUU